CUGGAGCCUGAGAAGCAGGUGGCUCCCCAUGGGACACACGAGGACUUGGUGCCGAGAGUCUCGUCUGUCCUGCUCUCCGAUGUCAUCUCAGCCUUUUUUAGCAGCAAUGACACCCAGAACCUCAGCUCGCCAGUUACCUUCACCUUCUCCCAUCCUCUGGUGACACCUGCACCAAGGCAUGAGCUGCUCUGUGUCUCCUGGGACCACAGCCAGAAUGGGAGUCACUGGACCACUGCAGGCUGCAGGACAGUGAGCACCGGAGGUGGCAGCACCACCUGCCACUGUACCCACCUCAGCAGCUUUGCUGUCCUCAUGGUCCACUACCAUGUGCAGGACAAGGACCCUGUGCUGGACUUCAUCACCUGCGUGGGGCUGGGCGUGUCGCUGCUGUGCCUGGUCCUGGCGGCCCUCACCUUCCUCCUGUGCAGAGCCAUCCAGAACACCAGCACCUCCCUGCACCUGCAGCUCUCGCUCUGCCUCCUGCUGGCCCACCUGCUCUUCCUCACGGCCAUCGACAGAACCCAGUCCAAGGUGCUGUGCGCGGUCAUUGCAGGUGCCCUGCACUACCUCUACCUGGCCUCCUUCACCUGGAUGCUGCUGGAGGGGCUGUUCCUCUUCCUCACAGCGCGGAACCUGACCGUACUCAGUUACUCCAGCAGAAACAGGCUCAUGAGGAGGCUCAUGUUCCCUGUGGGCUACGGGGUCCCGGCCGCCAUCGUGGCCAUGUCUGCAGCAGCCAGACCUCACCUGUAUGGCACCCCUGCUCGCUGCUGGCUCAACCCCAAAAACGGGUUUGUGUGGGGCUUCCUUGGACCUGCCUGUGCCAUCUCUUGUGUCAAUAUGGUUUUCUUCCUGAUGACCCUCUGUAUUGUGAAGAGCAAGCUGUCCUCCAUCAACAGAGAUGUGUCCACCCUCCAGAACACGAGGAUGCUGACAUUUAAAGCAAUGGCUCAUCUCUUCAUCUUGGGCUGCACGUGGUGUCUGGGUGUCCUGCAGGUGGGCUCCCUGGCCCCCAUCAUGGCCUACCUCUUCACCAUUGUCAACAGCCUGCAGGGUGUCUUCAUCUUCCUGGUGUACUGCCUCCUCAGCCAACAGGUCCAGGAGCAGUACAAGAAAUGGCUCGAGAGGAUCUGGAAAUGGACAACUGAAUCUGAGUCCUACACUCUGUCUAGCAAGGCUGUGUCCGACACCUCCAGACCCAGUACG